GUGAUAUUUUCGCAUUUUAGAAUGUAUGUGCGCUGAAAAUCGUUUAAUAACCUCGUAGAACUUGGAAGGCGGAAGCUUAGACGUUAAAAUUUUCGCUGUUGUAUAAAAAUGUCAGAUAUCUCUUCUCCUAAUUUAACAUUUGAUUCGUUAAAUUCUAUGAAAGUGGUUGAUUUACGACAAGAACUUGAUAAACGUGGUUUAGAUAAGUCUGGUUUAAAGUCAGAUCUUGUGAAACGCCUUGAAAAAUCAUUGCUAGAUGAAAGUGCAACAUCAGAUGCAGAUAUGACAGAUAAACAUGAAGAUGAAACUGAAGAAAGAAUAAAAGUUGAUGCAAGUCAAGUUUCAGAAUCUAAAGAUUUUGAAAUGGAAUCUGCAAAUAACAUUGACUCAGUGAAAAGUGAAAACAGUGACUCAAUGAAAGUUGAAGACAAUGAAAAUGUUUUUGAACAACAUCAAGAACAAGAUAAAUUUUUAGAAGAAAAAACAGAUGAAGAUAACCAGGAAAAAGAUAGUGUAAAGGAUGUGCUAACAAAUAUGGUAAAUUCAGUUGAGGACACAAAUAAUCUCAAAGUUGAAGAAAAUGAAAUAAAAGUGGAAGAAAAAAGUAGAACUAAUGAAGAGGAAAUUAUGGAUGUUACAGAGACAGUUGCUUCUGUUGAGUUAGUUGGCGAUAAUUCUUUAGAAAAAUCAAAUGGAAAUGAGUUAAAAGUCAUAAAACAAAGUAAUGCUGAAAAAGAACUACAUGUUGAUCAAGAAAGUAGUGAAAACGCUAUUUUAGUAAAUGAUUCUAAUAAAACUUUGGUUUUGGCUGAAAAUACAGAUGAGAUCCCAAGAAAAAGUUCAGAACAGGCCUCUAAUAGUAACACAGUAAAUUCACCUAAAAAAGAAUCUUCUGAAAUUUCUGAUUCAAGCGAGAAUAAAAAGGACUCGCUUUUAAAAAGUGAAAGCAUAGUGAAACAAAAUGAAGAUAAAAAAACAGAUUUAAGUAAAUGCAUUUGGAUAAGUGGGCUUUCAUCUAUAACAAAAGCAGUUGAUCUCAAAGAUGUAUGCAGUAAAUUUGGAAAGGUAGUUGGUGCUAAAGUGGUAACUAGUGCCAAAACACCCGGCUCUCAAUGUUUUGGCUUUGUUACUAUGUCAUCCAAUGAUGAAGCUGUAAGGUGUAUAGAAGGUUUACACAAAUCAACUCUUCAUGAAAAAGUUAUACAAGUUGAAAAGGCAAAAACCGAUCCAACUCCGCCAAAAAAGCAGGUUGAUAAAAAAUCUGAAAAGCACGAAGAUCGUUCGCAAUCUUCUAGACAAUCAUCUCGAACCCAGUCUUCUCGAACGUCCUCGUCGUCCAGGUCAGCAAGACGCGAUGAUCGGGGAAGUCGAAGAGAUGAAAGGAGGACACGUGAAACACCAAAAGAAAAACAGAAUAAAAAACAAGCGGCUGCAGAGAAUGAUGUUAAAAGUCCUACAGUUGCUUCUCAGCCAAAAAAAUCUCCGAGUGAAUCUUCUAAAAGUCACGAAAAAUCAAAAAAUGAAGCAGACGCCAACACCAAAGAUGUUGAAAAAGAUAUCAAAUCUGCAGAGCAAGUUCGCAAAGAGCGAGCUGAGAAAAUUGAGCAGGAGAAUAAAUUACGCGAAGAACGCCGUAGAAAAGAACGCGAAAAAGAAAGAUUACUUCGCGAAGAGCAACGAAAAGAACAAGAAAAACGUGAAAAAGAGCGAAGAGAACGCGCUCGAAAGGAAGCUGAAAGAGUUAGGAAAGAGCGUGAAAAGCAACGGGAGGCAGAAAAGCAGCGGGAGAAAGAACGGGAACGGGAACGUGAACGUUUUUUGUUGGAGAGAAAAGAACGAGAAGAAAGAGAACGCCGGGAGCGAGAGCGUGAAAGAGAGUUAUUAGAAAGAGAGCGCAUUGAACGCGAAAAACUGGAACGUGAGCGUAAAGAGCGAGAACGCCUGGAAUUAGAGCGAAUCGAAAGAGAACGACAAGAAGAAGAAAGGUUGGAAAAAGAACGUUUGGCAAGAAUUGAGCGUGAAAAUAGAAUAGAGAAAGAAAGACAACGCUUAGAGCAAGAGCGUCUUGAACGAGAACGACGUGAACGAGAAAGAAGUAGAAUUAUCGACAGAGGCAUCGAUAGAAAUAUUGGUAAUAGCAACAGUUUAAAAAGAUCUGCUUAUGAUGACAGAGCACUUUAUUAUCCAGAUUCAAAGAGAAGCUUAAGAGAAGAUUCGCCUUUGUCUAACAGAAAGGAUUUUUUUAGCGCUACUGAAAGUCAAGACUCUUACCUUAAAGAAGAUGAUUUUGAUCAACGUCGUCACUUAAUACCUUCUGGUGGCAAUCGUAAAUCAGAUCACAGAAAUGAUCGUCGAAAUGCUGAAGAUCGAAGAGAUAUCCGUAAUGACCGACUGCCGAGAGAAGACGAACUUUAUAAUAGGGAUCGUCCCGUUUUUAGCACUCAACCUGAUGUUCGACGCGUCGUACAAAGAACUGACGCACGACCUUUUAAUCGUGAUAGAUCACCAAUUAGAUUAGAGGAACGAAACCCAUUGCGUGAUCUUGAUAGACGCGAUUGGUUAGAUGUUGAUGUUCAGAGUAAUGCUCCCAAAACACUCUCUGAUGUUCUGGGAAGAGCUGGCUUAACUGGGAUUUUGGGUAACCAAACAGAAAUUAAGUCUUUUGACAUCAGACCGAUUAAUCAACAAAUGGACGACGAACAGUACUACUUACGCAAUACUAAUAGAAUGGAUGAUCGUGGUUAUCGUUCUGACGUAAGAGAUUCAAGAGAAGAUAGAGUAGUACAUGGCAUGGAUCGCUUGCACAAGGAGCGCAUUGAACUUUCGGAUAAUAGGAUUGAAAAUAAAGGUUUACAAAGGUAUGACGAACGUCGAAUAGCAGAUUCUAGAAAAGAUGUUGAAAGGCGUGAUAUUCGAAAUAGUCCACCAUUAAGAACAAGAAACGAAGAACGAGUUUUCCGCAAUUCUGAUCCACCACCACACAUGUUAAAUAAUCAUGAGUUAAAAGGUGUCCUUCAAAAUUCCAUUGGGGACAGAAGAGGUUUGCAUCCUGCUCCCGCUGAGCUUGGAAAUAGGGGUCUAUCAGCUGCUCCGCCUAGAAUUCUUCCUAUGUCCGACUUAUUUGGACGUCCACUGCAAUCUUCUGGCGGAUCAAAUGCGGCUCAGGCUUUGCAAGCAGGGUAUGUGGCUGCUGCUCAUGGCUUAGCGUUGCAUCAAAAUCCACAGAACAUUCACUUAAGAGAUAAUCGUCUUGAAUAUACGCAACAAGUGCGGCAACCACAUUCUGUAAUUCAGAAUAGAAGAUUUUAAUACUGAGGUGAAUUUUAUUGAUAUAAACGUAAUCAAUUGAAAAUAUUUCGCAGAACCAAAGUAAUAUCAAUUUAAAGUUACAUCAAGUAAAGCAUGUUUGAUGAUUACGUAAUGAUUUUUACCGAUUCUAUAAAAACUAAACGUAAUAAGUAGGUUUAGACGCCUCUCAAAACUUUUGCAAUAUAGUUAAAUUAUAAUACUCUUCUAUUUUUCAAGAUCCUUUUUAAUUUGUUAUUACUAAACAUUGUACUUUACGUAA